UAAACCGGAUAUCCGGUCUGCUACCCAAACGAGGAGAAACUUCGCCGCACGUGGAAAACGAGGCGAUAACGGACGUGUAGCCUACAGACUUUUUGUUUUCUCGAUAUAAAAACGACCUGUUUGAUAUUUUUUUAGCCUCUGAAGCUGUAAAACAAGAAUUUCGUCGAGAUGUUUCUGCAGUAUCACUUAAAUGAAAACGGGGACAGAGUCUACACCCUGAAGAAGGUGGCACCCGAUGGGCAGCCCACCAGCUCGGCCCACCCGGCCCGCUUCUCCCCGGAUGACAAGUUCUCCCGACACAGGGUGAUGCUGAAGAAACGCUUCGGUAUUCUGCUCACCCAGCAGCCCAGACCUGUUCUGUGAGCGAGAGGUGGAGAAAGACCAAGGACGGAUGGAUGGAUGGAUGGAUGGACGGAGAACACACAAAGAAACAACAGAAGGAUGAAGGCGAAGACGGGACCGUAAAGCCGAGCAAAACUCUGGAUCACAACUUGUCAAAGUGCAGUUGGGUCAUAUAUUGCAUAUCAGCUUCAACAACUAGGAUGUUAUAGAUCUUCUUUUCAUGUGUCACAGUUUAUUGUCAUUUAUUUGAGGUUAUUGUUCUGAUUUUUGUAUUAAUGUUGAAUAAAUAUUCGGUUGAUUGACUUAA